UGAUAGACGCUGAUGUUUUAAAGGAACUUCUUCAUCACAUCUAAAAAUGAUACCAACAAUAUCCUAUAUUCUGAUUUUGGUUUAUCUACAACAGACUUAUGGUAAAAUACAGGAUGGCGCGGUAAGACUUAUCGGUGGACGCUCUUGGGGAGAGGGCAGAGUCUUGGUGUAUCAUAAUGGGGUGUUUGGAACGGUAUGUGAUGACCAUUGGACAGAGAAGGAAGCUCGAGUUGUUUGCAGAAUGUUUUCAAGUAGUUCCAUAGCUAUAGCAAAAGGCAGCGCUUAUUUCGGACAGGGUUCUGGGCCUAUCUGGCUUGACGAUGUGACCUGUAAUGGGAAUGAGUCUAGUAUAACCCAAUGUAGUAACAGAGGUUGGGGAUCACACAACUGCGAUCACAGCGAAGAUGCUGGGGUAGUAUGUAUUGAUCCUUGCGUCAGCAAUCCUUGUCAGAAUUAUGGCGCAUGCCAUGUACAUGCUGACAGUUAUACUUGCUCAUGUAGAAGUGGAUUUACUGGUUCAUUUUGUCAAACAAAUAUCAAUGAAUGUGCAAGUAUUCCCUGCCACAACCAUGGUAUAUGUCAUGACAAUGUCAAUAGCUUCACUUGCACUUGUGCAAAUGGAUACACUGGAAAGAGAUGUGAGAUAGAUAUCAACGAAUGCCAGAGCGAUCCGUGUCAAAAUAAUGGAACUUGUAGAAAUGAUGUAAAUAACUUCACAUGCCUCUGUCAUCCUGGAUUUACUGAUGUAUUAUGUCAAACAGAUAUUGACGAGUGUUCGGGUAGCCCCUGCCACAAUAACGGCUCAUGUAUUGAUGGGAUAAACCAGUUCCAGUGUGCAUGUCUCCCCGGAUUCACGGGUAACCUUUGUGAACGAGCAACCUCUAAGUAUUGUGGCGAGCAAGGUCAUGAUCAGAACACACCCAAUGACUGUGAUCGUAACAUUGAAAAUAUCAAGUUGACGGUGGAUUCCCUUCUACAAGGAAACUUAUCCCAGGCUGAAGUACAGCAUGCAGUUGAUAACACCCUAAAUUCUUUACAAGAAUUCUCUCUGAACACGGAGCCAAGCCCAGCAGAUGUAGACAAUUCUAUAGAUUUACUGGACAAAAUAUUAGAUGUCUCCCAGUCUUCAAACAUCUCUUUACCAAAAGCGGUUGUUGUGACUACUAUAGAUAACCUUCUGGAAGAAAAUCACACCACAGUUUGGAAAGACAGUUCCAAAAGCAAGACAAAUGGAAGAAUGAGUAAAAUUUUGAAGACAGUUGAUAAAUUCGGGCUCCAUAUCUUGGAGAAUGUGAAACAGAAUGAAAGCAUUACGUUCAACUCCACGAAAAAUAUGGUACUGACUGUCGCAAAAAUACCAGCAGAAGAUGAUGUCAUCUUUCCAAAUAACGAGAACACAAGUUCAUCCUUAGUAUUACCUGCGCAAUUACAAAGCUCAAAAGAAAGCAUUCCAUAUUUGGCGGUAAAAUACAAAACCAUAGGAAAUAUUAUGAAUGGAAAUAAAAGAAAGAACAGUACUUCGAACUACAAAGUAGUAUCUGACAUUAUGGCACUAACUUUGAAAAUAAAUUUACACAAAGAAUUACUUAACCCGUCUCUACAACUGAAAAUGUUUAAGAAAAAUCUUCCUAACUCUGUAAGUGAAUGUGCAUUUUGGGAUUUUAAAAGCAAUGACGGAGAUGGCGGAUGGUCAACAAGGGGGUGCAGAACACAUAAUACAAAUGAUCUUUACACACAAUGUGAAUGCGACCAUUUGACCAAUUUUGCAGUUCUGGUUCGACCUUACGUUAAGUUGCACGAUGAAGAAGAGGCUUUGAAUUGGAUAUCUCUCAUUGGGUGCUCGGUAUCUGUUUUCUUUUCCUUUCUGACAGCCAUUGUUUACCUUGUUUUAUGGAAGUCCAUCACCUCAGAAAUCAGCCGGAUGAUUGAUAAAAUAACCGUUCUACUUUGUUUAAGUAUUGCUGCAUCUUAUGCUGCGUUUCUAGGAGGGAUCGAUAAAACCCAAUACAAGGUUGGGUGUACUGUGAUAACGGCCGUUUUACAGUGCUUGUUCCUGAGUAUAUUUUUCCUGAUGUUGGCUCUGGGGAUGUAUUAUUUCGUCAGCGUCUCAUUAAUUAAAAUAUCGUUCUCCAAAGCAACCAAAUUGAAAAGUGACGAAAACACCUUCAGUAAAAUUAUAUGGGGUAUUGUGUUUGUAAUGCCUGUGUUGAUCACUGCUGUAACAUUCGGAAUAAUAUAUUCCUGA